AUGCCUGGGCCUGAGUCGGAGUCGGAUGAUGUGGUUGAUGGAAUACACGGGAUGUUCCGUCAGCCAGGUAUCUACAACCGUCCCCCCCCUUUUUAUCUUGUCUCUUUCUUUUUUCCCUUCUAUAUUUCUUCCCCUCCUCCUUCUUCCCUCUACGUUGAUUGGAUUGGAUUGGAUUGGAUUUCUCUUAUUUAUCUCCUUUUUUUUUUCCUUAUAAUCUGCUAUUUUGAUAUCCCUUGUUCUGCUCCUGUUGCUGUCUGUUCCUGCGAUUGUUGUCGACUGUGUAUAAAAUGCCCUCCCCCCUCCCCUGCCCUGCCCGCUCUAUGA